AAUCAAACGUAGUACAUAUACCUGCAUAGUGCUUAUAUUCUCUUUGCCUAGAAUAAUAAAUAUAGGUACCUACCAAUUAUUUUUCAAAGAAUAUAAUCAGUAAACUGAGUACCUAAUAUCGAUAGGUACUAUUUGGAACGAGACUACACAGUCACUGUGGCAUGGAUAAGAAUGUAAAUCAAGAAUAAAAAGUUGUGAACUUGUGACUGAUCUGAUAACCUUAACAUUACUAUUUUAAUUAUAUAAUUUAUCAACAAUGGCGAGCAAAAAGCAAGCAAUUAGUAAACUCAAGUCAUUAUGUACUGUAACUCUUGGCGGAGCUGUAGCUUACCAGUUAAUUUAUUAUACAAAAGAUUUUAACGGUUACUAUGUUAAUGUUUUGCAACCAGUUAUUCAGUAUCUUAGCCCAGAGUUGGCUCAUAAUUUGGGAGUUAAAGCUAUAAAAUAUGGAAUCUUCCCGCCAGAAAAAGGUGAUGAUCCUCAAGUUUUGAAAACAAAAUUCCUCAAUUACGAUUUGAGUAAUCCUCUUGGAAUUGCAGCAGGUUUUGACAAGCAUGGUGAUGCUGUUAUAGGCUUGAGAAACUUAGGUUUUUCCAUUGUAGAAAUUGGAUCAGUCACACCAAAAGCACAACCUGGGAAUCCUAAACCUAGAGUGUUUCGAUUACCUGAAGAUGAGGCAGUUAUUAACAGAUAUGGUUUCAAUAGUGAAGGGCAUGAGCAAGUAUAUAAGAAAAUAGGAAUGAUAGAAAAGGCAUUGUUGGAUAAAGGAUUAUUGGGAAUUAAUUUAGGCAAAAAUAAGUUAUCAGAAAAUCCAAUUGAAGAUUAUAUUUUAGGUAUACAGAAAUUCUCUGAUGUUGCAGACUAUUUUGUCAUAAAUAUAAGCAGCCCAAACACUCCAGGACUCAGGUCAUUGCAGAAGAAAGAGGAAUUAUAUCAACUUCUGAAGAACAUCAAUGAAGCUAGAAACUCAAUAAACUCAAAAAAUAAACCUCCUUUACUUUUGAAACUUGCUCCAGAUCUAAGUCAUAAUGAAAUGAAAGAGAUUGUAUCAGUAAUUUUGCAAAAUGAAAGCAAAGUUGAUGGUCUUAUAAUCUCGAAUACUACUAUUGAAAGGCACCAAUUGCAGAACACUGAGUUUUCAAAUGAAACUGGAGGAUUGAGUGGGAAACCUUUAGCUAAUAAAUCAACAGAAAUGAUUAAGCAAAUGUACAAAUUGACUAAAGGGAAAGUGCCCAUCAUUGGUGUUGGAGGAGUGUUUACUGGCCAAGAUGCCUAUGAUAAAAUAUUGGCUGGAGCAAGCGCAGUUCAGAUAUACACAGCUUUGAUUUACCACGGCCCACCAGUUGUGUCAAAAAUAAAAAAUGAAUUAGCUGAACUCCUGCAACGGGAUGGUUAUAAAAGUGUAAAUGAAGCUGUUGGAAAAGGAGUCACAAACUAAUUUAUAUUUUUUAUUGUAAGAAUACUACCUCAAUAUUACAACUUUGUAUUUACAGUUGACUAGUUUUAGUUAUAUUCAAUAUUAUAAAAUAUACAUUAUAUUUCUUAUCAUAUUUUUUUACUGUGAUUUAUCAUUCAGAGGUGUUGGAUCUGAAAACCAAAAAAAAACAACAUAAAAUCCAAAAUUACUUUGCAGGUGCUACUUAUUAUUUGGUUGCAUACCUUUCAAGUCUGUUACUUUGCAUUUAGGCAAAUGUUUUUGAAUAUAUUGCUUACAUUCUUGUAAAUUUUCAACACUCAUUAAGUUGAACAUAAGUAAAAUUUCUAAUUUAUCAAGUGAUACCAAGCUUUUUAGUCCAGCAUCGGUGACAUUCACACAUUUGGACACUUGAAGAUGUGUCAAUGUAUUUUGUCCAAAACUGAGGCCUUUAAGAGCUCUGUCAUCAAUAUAGUCAGCAUUGUGAAGGAUUAUGUUACUCAACUUCUCACAUCCAACUGAAAAUAUAAAUUAUUAUAAAAUUUAAUCAAUAACCUCAAGUUCUUAAGGUUGUCACAUCCACCAUUGUGAA